AUGGCUUGUCGUGGCCGUCGAUACAGACGCGCAAAGAAGGCCUCCAAGGCCAAAAAGAUGCCAGCCAGAGCUGAAGAGAAGCCACUCGUACUCUCCGGUCUGCCCCCGGAGAUACAGCUAUGCAUCCUCAAGCAGCUGGACUACCGCGAUAUCCAACAACUUCGAUGUACAAGCAGGUACUUUAAGUAUCUCCCGUCGAAGCGAGACAUGUCCUAUGCCCGAGAAGAGUACUCUGCACGGCUGUUCGCGGCUGAGAUGGAGGAGUGCGAGUCAGAGAAAGCCUGUAGUGAUGGGCUCGUCGACUUCGCCGAGUAUGACAUUGACCGUCCUUCUCACCGGUCUCAGAACGGUGACGACUCAGAUCCUAAAGAGGAGAGCAAAAGGGCCAGGGACAAGAGAGCCCAUCGAAGCAUCGACUGGAAUCAUUUGAGGCCAUUCGUUGCCCGCAUGGUAAAGAAGAAGCCAAAGGAGGGCUCUGCCAUGGCGGAAGAUAUGACUCUCUCUCUUGACUCUCUCUCUCUCUCUCUAGACUUCUUCUCUCGUCAAGGGAGUAUGGUCGAGAUGAAGACUGGGUACGGUAUCGUAAAAACGCACUACGGCCUGGCAUGGAUCCCACCCCAUCCCGAACCGAUGCUGGGAUCUCGCGACUGUGAAGAGAGGCCAGAGGAGCGAACCUGGGGUUUCCAUGCCGAUAUCGCCGUGCAUGAACAGCGAAGGUUCACAUCGCGUACCCAGUUUUCGGCCCACCGACGGCAGAAGGCAAAAAAGAAGCAGACGCAGAGACGAACUCGCUGCGGGCGACGCCGAGGAAAGGAUUCGACCGUCCCCCCCGUCGUAUACAGUUAUAUCUUCUGCAUCGCAUCUCCCGAGCAGAGACACGACACCCUCGACUCCCACCUCGACCGACAAGAAAGACGACACCGAGAGCCAGGUCCAGGUCCUGGCGUGCGCGAGUCUUUCGUAUCUUCCUACGAGCCGAAAUCACAUGUUGUGGGCGACUUCGACUGGCUUCCCACCAUCGAUCGAACAGACGCACGAAACGAACAGACAGACAGAGAGAACGACAAGACACCCCAUCUCAGGCAGAAGACCGCUGCGGACAAUUCAACUUGGGUCCAGCCCAAUCGUUCGGCCGUCGACGUGGGGAGCAGUGAUCGCAGCCGUCGAAAGCUGUCUGGCGAUAUCACACUUGGAACGAGAGGCCCGUUUGGUCCAUUCCACGGCAAGCUGGAUCGGACGUCACCGGACAGCGUCGCUCGCGGGGGGUUGCUCCGCGAGUCGGUAUUCUCGGACUGGAGGGAUGGCACUGCGUUGGAAAAUACCGAGGACUUGCAGAAGAACGACCCGCUAGCGACGCAGAUAUGGAAACUAUACAGCCGGACGAAGACCCAGCUGCCGAACCAGGAGCGGAUGGAGAACUUGACCUGGCGUAUGAUGGCCGUCAGCUUGCGAAAGGAAAAGGAGAGAGAACAGGCGCAGGCACGGCUGGAACAAGCACAGAAUGAGGAGGCUCUACGCUCGCACGAUGCCGGCUCUGCUGAGCCCAUGAACAUCGAUGCUUUCAUGGCUUCGUCUUCUUCCAUCAGCUCGCCUACUGGAUUCUCGCCGUCGAUGAGUGACGGUCCGUCGUCGCACCAUGCUGUCGCCUCGGCAAUUCCUAUCAGGAGUGCAAAGGACGAGCACCAAUCACCCAUGGGCAUAGUCAUGCCUGCUUCACUGCCCCAUCAUCCCCAUGUAGGAACUCAGACUAAUGAGUUCGGCUACGUCCAACGUCGAGUCAGAAAGACGAGCGUGGAUGAACGGAUUGCUCGAAAGCGACCUGCUGAAUCGUCACCACAGGUCCCGCCUGUCCAUGGGCUGAUUAUCUCUCAUGAUCCAGACCCAGAUGCGGGUAUGACGGACUUUACUCUUGACCAUCACCACCAUCACAGCCACAGCCAUAACCUUGGUCACGGUCCCGGUCACGGCCAUAGUCAUAGUCAUAGUCAUACUUUUGGGAUGAGCCAGCCACCUCAUUCGGCACCGUUGAAUCUGGAUACCUUCCCGGUAGACGACUCUAGCGCCCUGGAACAUCCAUCGUUUAGUUCUGGUGGUUUCCAGCUGUCCCCCACGGAACUGUCGCAUAUGCAGAGUGGAGCGUUCUCCAAUCUAUAUUCACACACCCCACUAGGCUCGUCGCUCAACUCCACUGAUUUCUACUCCUCGACAGCCUCAGGAUACCAUUCCGCAGUGUCAACGCCACACCCAGGCUUUGAAAAGGACCAGUCUGCAUACCAACACCCUGUCGGCCCAUUCCACUCGCACUCACUCUCCAACCUUUCUGCUCCCGCAACGACCCGGUACAUGUAUCAUGCUGCCAAUGACCAUCCGUUCAACAUGGCCGGGAGCAGCGGUGCGUCUUCCGCCGUCAACCCAUCCGGAUUCAACCUGCAGCAGCAUUUUGUUACCCCUUCGUCCGGCCCGUCCCAUACCGACCCAUCUGCUAGGCCAUCAACUAGCUUAUCCACUAGGGGAAACAUGUUCAGCUUUGGCGGAGACUCAGACAACGAAGAUGAUGGCAACAAUACCUUCCUUGACCGCAAUAUGGAUCUCUCUGCGGACUUUAAUAUGCUUGACGACCCUUCGAUGAACUUUGGCUCGAGUAUGCAGUGGGAUGGAAGCUAUUCCGGCUCCAUGAGCUCCAUGCCGUCCGCCCAUAGCCAACCAUCCAAGCAGCAGGCCAUGGGUGGGACCGACUUAGACGAUAGAAACAGCGAUUGGGCCCAGCUUGGAAGCCUUAACCGAACCCACGGGUCAGCCGCAUCGGUUAGCGAACUGCGUAACCGUGAUCCAGACCCGAGACGACAAAAGAUCCCUCGGACAAUAUCUACGCCAAACGCUACCCAGCUCCUCCGGCAAGGAACAGACAACAACGGGUUCAAAUCUCCGCAUUCUCCCAGCUCUGGGCCCAAUAGCAAUGCUCCAUCUCGGCCUGCAAGUCCUGGUGGCUCAAAGAACGCUGAGCCGGCUGGUGCAACAACGUCAUGCUCAAACUGUUUCACGCAAACUACUCCCCUUUGGCGCCGUAAUGCUGAAGGCCAAUUUCUAUGCAACGCCUGCGGCUUGUUCCUCAAACUUCACGGCGUCGUACGCCCUCUCGCCCUCAAGACGGACGUCAUCAAGAAACGCAAUCGUGGUGGAGGAAGCAAUGUAACAGUUGUCUGCCGUGCCAACCCCUAUCCCAGCCAGAGCCCAACCAACCACCCCAGUGUCAAGUACGCCUACCAGCAUAAGCACCACCCCUACGUCAUCGUCAACGUCGACGUCCAUGCCCUCACGGACCGCCGUACCCAUCGCAGCUGCUCCACCAAGGCCAAACCCUCCUACCACUCCAUCCGGCACCAAUACUACAGCCGCACGUACCCCAUCCCGGCUUAUCCCAGGACGACCUCGCUGUCUCGAUAA